CUCCGGUGAAAGUCGGUGCUACGCGGUUUAUCCCUUUUUAUUUCGCACGCGAAACAAAUGAGCAUAGAAAAUUGUUUGGAACAUUUGAUUUCGAAAAUCGAACAGUGAAGUGGGAUAUUAAAAUCCAGUGGCAGUUUAUUGAAAAAAAAAGACUUAAUUUAUGUGAAAAUAGUGUUGAAAGUGCUUGUGCGAGUCGCAUAUUUUUAUACGACUCAGUUGUUCGAGUCCGGAGGGAGCCGUUUACAGAAUGUACACGAUGAUUUCAAAAGAAAAAGAUAAAAGAAAAGUGAUCAAUUAGUCGGAGAAUGACGUUAUAAAAGCUUGGUAAUGUGGCUACAAGAAUGAGAAAUGGAACUAGUAAGGUGAUAUUGAAAGAUGGCCUUUCAGAGAUCGCUACUACAUCUAAGCAAUUCAAUCAAAUUAUUAUGGCUCACGAUAGGAAUAUGGUUAGAGAAGAAAUCAUUUAAGUGGAAGAAGAUAGUGAAAAGUUUAAAGUGGACUUUGAAAUUAGACUAUAAAGAUAAGGCUAAAUUGUCUAUACUUUUAGUGUUAUUAUUUAGUGUUAACUCGAAUGGAAAUAGUUAUAGUGGUGGUAGGAAUUCGAUGUUAAGGACAAGAGUAAUAGGUACCAGAUACGGCAAGUUGCAAGGUAUCAUAUUGCCGAUGGAUCAACAUAAGUAUUUGAAGCCUGUGGAAGCCUACCUCGGUGUGCCGUAUGCCACGCCACCUACUGGCUCUAACAGAUUUGCUCCAACUCGAGCGCCAGCUCCGUGGGACGACGUGAAGACUGUGGAUCAAAUGGGACCAGUUUGUCCUCAACGUUUGCCAGACAUUUCAAACGAGACACAAGCUCUUGAACGAAUGCCUAAAGGCAGAUUGGAAUAUUUACGACGUCUUCUACCGCGACUAAAGAAUCAAAGCGAGGACUGCUUGUAUAUGAACAUUUAUACACCAGUUCAAGUGGGGCCAACACUACAAGCGAAGUACCCAGUGGUGAUCUUUAUCCACGGGGAGUCGUUCGAAUGGAACUCUGGCAAUGUUUACGACGGAGCGGUUCUCGCGAGUUACGCGGGCCUUGUGGUUAUUACUAUAAACUACCGCCUCGGUAUAUUAGGUUUUUUAAAUGCAAAUCCAAUACCGCACGUAAAGGCUCGGGUAGCAAACUACGGGCUUAUGGAUCAGAUAGCAGCAUUGCAUUGGGUUCAGCAAAAUAUAGCUCUAUUUGGCGGCGACGCAGGCAACGUCACAAUGUUGGGCCACGGCUCGGGUGCCGCGUGCAUAAAUUUUCUUAUGAUUUCGCCGACUGUGAUGCCGGGUCUAUUUCACCGAUCGAUUCUUCUUUCUGGUUCUGCUUUAAGCUCAUGGGCAUUAGUAGAGGACCCUGUUGGUUAUUCUAUACAACUUGCGAAACAGUCUAAUUGCACUUUACCUGACGAUAUUGUCAAAGAUCAUGAACUCAUCGUCGAUUGUCUUCGAGAUGUACCUUUGAACGAACUGAUGUCAGCUGAAAUAAAUACACCAAGUUAUUUAACUGCAUUUGGACCAUCUGUAGACGGAGUAGUUGUUAAGACAGAUUACGCUAAGGAAUUACUCACAUUUUUCAUACCAAAUGAUUUACAAGGCUUCACAAGUGUGUCAGGUGUUAACAAUUUCAAAGCGGACAAACGAGCUGGGGACCGAAUUUUCGGAAUAAGGGGUGGACAAAAUAAAUAUGACCUACUAUUUGGAGUAGUAACAAGUGAGGCACUCUGGAAAUUUUCCGCUCAAGAUAUACAAAACGGUUUCGAGGGAGAGAGACGCGACAGGAUAAUAAGGACAUAUGUAAGGAACGCCUACACAUAUCACUUAAGUGAAAUAUUCUUUACUAUAGUUAAUGAAUACACGGACUGGGAAAGGACGGUUCAGCAUCCAAUAAACACGAGAGACGCCGCAGUACUGGCGCUGUCUGACGCGCAAUAUGUCGCCCCCUUAGUACAAACUGGGGAUUUUUUAAGCUCUACAGAAUCCGGACCGAGCACAUUCUUCUACGUCUUCGACUAUCAGACAAAGGAUGGAGAUUACCCACAACGCAUGGGCUCCGUGCACGGCGAGGAGCUGCCCUAUUUAUUCGGCGCGCCGCUAGUUGAAGGGCUCGGACACUUUCCAAAGGAUUAUACAAAAUCUGAAGUAGCACUCUCCGAGGCUUUCAUCUUGUACAUUGCGAAUUUCGCUAGAACUGGGAAUCCCAACGAGCUGCAGCGUCAGGAGUCAGUUCUGCCGAUAUCAAGAGAACGCAACAAAUUCAAGAGCAUAGUAUGGGAUGAAUACGAUACACUUCACCAGAAGUAUUUGGAAAUAGGUAUGAAGCCACGCAUGAAGAAUCAUUAUUCUCAAGAUUCGUCCAAUCUAGAAGUGGCGGGUUACACUGCUUAUUCCACAGCUUUGAGUGUUACCAUAGCAAUCGGAUGUUCACUAUUGAUACUAAACGUUUUAAUUUUUGCUGGAGUAUAUUAUCAAAGAGAUAAAACGCGAUUACAAGUGAAAGCGCUCCAACAGCAACAGAAAAGGAAUCACAAUUCGACAUUCGACAGUGUCUCAUCGAAACAUCCACAUUAUUUCGUUGGACAUUCUCAGAGUUCCAGUACGAUAGUGGACAUCGAUCAUCAAGAUAAAAACGCUAUAAUUGCAUUGACGAAUCGAGUUCCACACUUUACUAAUUCUAACUGCCCUAACGUUUGUCAUACUGGGAUGCAAAUGACAAGUUUAGCACAGAAGAACAGCCCACCAACAAAUCGAGGGCAAUGUACCACACUACCGAGGAAAGUGGGUUUCAGUUAUCAACAGAAUCAAAUCUGUAAUCCAUCUAACUGUAUGACUCUACCGAAAAACGCGACUUUUAUGAGUGGAACUAACUUACCAGAUGUACAAGCACAGACGGGACAAACACAGUCUCCUGGUAACGGAGCUGUUCUUCCAACUUCACCUCAUUUCGCACAAAAAUCAAGAGUCCCUCAAGCGGCCAUCUCAGAAAUGAACGUAUGAGAUAUGGAAGAUAUUUACAAUUAUGUAUAAAAGUGAAAUUAGGAACAAUAACACUAGUGCAUGGUUGUAAAUAUCU